GCGGUGCGCUUUACGGCAGCGGGCCGGGGGUCCCGGGAGGGUCCCGAGAGCGUUUUGGGGGGACCCCCGGUGGGGGGGGGGGUCCCGCUGCCUCCGAGGCGGCUCCGCGAGCACCGAAUUCCCCCCGCUCCUUCCUUUGUGCCGCGCCACGGCGCUGCUCGGAGCGCGCCUCGCUUGACGGCGGGCUGUACGACAGCCUGAGGGGCGUCCGGCGCGCUUUACGGCAGCGCGGCGGACACCGCGGCCGGGGGGGAUUUUGGGGGGUCCCGGGGGCGUCCCGGGGGGGGCCGGGGGUCGGUGCCCCCCCCGAGGAUGCCGCUGGCCGUGCAGUGGCCGUUCCCCGCGGAGCCCUCGCGGCGCUGGGCCCUGGCGAGCCGCGUGGUCACGGGCCUGGUGGGCACCUACAGCUGCGUGUGGACCCGGUACCUGAACCGGCUGCGGGUGCACAACGCCGAGGUGCUGCACGAGCUGGUGGAGAGGAGGGGGCCCGGGACCCCCCUGCUGACCCUGUCCAACCACGCCUCCUGCAUGGACGACCCCCACCUCUGGGGGUCCCUGAAGCUGAGACACGUCUGGAACGUGCCCAGGAUGCGCUGGACCCCCACGGCCGCGGACAUUUGCUUCACGCGGGAGCUGCACGCGCUCUUCUUCAGCCUGGGGCGCUGCGUGCCCGUGUGCCGCGGGGACGGCGUUUACCAGCGGGGGAUGGAUUUUAUACUGGAAAAGCUCAACCAGGGAGACUGGGUGCACGUGUUCCCCGAGGGUAAAGUGAACCUGGGCCAGGAGGUCGCUCGAUUCAAGUGGGGCAUCGGGCGCCUCCUGGCCGAGUGUCGCCGGGACCCCGUGAUCCUCCCGCUGUGGCACGGGGGGAUGAGCGAUGUUCUGCCCAACCACCGGCCCUACGUGCCCCGGGUGGGGCAGCACAUCACGGUGGUCGUGGGGCGCCCGUUCAGCGUCCGGCCCCUCCUGGAGCGGCUGCGCAGCGAGGGGACCCCCACGGUGGAGCUCCGCAAGGCCCUGACCGAUUUCGUCCAGAGGGAAUUCGAGGCUCUGCGGGGCCACGCCCGGACCCUGCACCCCACCCCAUAGCGGGGUCCCCCUGCCCCAUAGCUGGGGGGGUUCUGCCCCAGAAUGGGAGUUUUGCCCCAUAAUUUGGGGUUCUGCCCCAUAACUGGGGGGUUCUGCCCCAUAGCUGACGGUUCUGCCCCAGAACUGGGGGGUUCUGCCCCAUAGAAAAGGACUCCUGCCCCAUCAUUGGGGGUCUUGCCCCAUAACUGGGGGUCUUGCCCCACAGCAGGGGGUCCCUGGUGGAGCCUCUGCCCCAUAGAGGGGGGUCCUGGCCUUCCGAGCCCCCCAACUGUGCACGGUGCCAAUAAAAGAAAGUGGAACCUC